ACGCCGCCAUCUUCCGCAUGACACCAGCGGCGCGCCGUCGCUCCAGCGCGCCUCCUGCGCACACCCCCAGUCAAUCAGCAUCACAAACGCACCUCGCCCCGCCCCCUCUACGCCGCGCCUCGGGAAGAAGACUACAAGUCCCAGAGGGCCCCUCGCACACCCCGCCACGUGUUUUCUCCGCCCGCCAAUGGGUGGAAGCGCCGCGUGAGCCUGUUCCCGCCCCCCCCGGCGUGCCUGAGCCAAUCGAAAAGGUGGUGUGUGUGCGAGGGCAAGUGGGGAGGGGGACUCAGCUCAGGACAGGGAGGCCCUGCUCGCAGGUCCCGGGGUCCCGGUGGCAGCCGGAGCGCUUGGUCCGCAGGCAGCGGGCGGGUGCCCCCCUCCGCCCCCACCCCGCGCGUGCGCGCCCCGGCCCCUCCCUCCCUGCCACCCCCCUCGGCUCCCGCGCGGCGGCGGCGGUUCCUCUCCCCCUCCCCCCAGCCCUGGCUCCGGGGGACCCCGCGAUGCCGGUCCGCACCGAGUGUCCCCCGCCGGCCGGUGCCUCGGCCGCCUCCGCGGCCUCGCUCAUCCCGCCGCCGCCCAUCAACACCCAGCAGCCCGGCGUGGCCACCAGCCUGCUCUACAGCGGCUCCAAGUUCCGCGGCCACCAGAAGAGCAAGGGGAACUCGUACGACGUAGAGGUGGUGCUGCAGCAUGUGGACACAGGGAACUCUUACCUUUGUGGAUACCUGAAGAUAAAAGGCCUUACUGAGGAGUAUCCAACCCUUACGACCUUUUUUGAAGGAGAAAUAAUCAGCAAAAAACACCCUUUCUUAACGCGGAAGUGGGACGCAGAUGAAGACGUUGAUCGGAAACACUGGGGCAAGUUUCUGGCUUUUUAUCAGUAUGCAAAAUCAUUUAAUUCAGAUGACUUUGAUUAUGAAGAGCUGAAGAAUGGGGAUUAUGUCUUCAUGAGGUGGAAGGAACAGUUCCUGGUCCCAGAUCACACGAUCAAAGACAUCAGCGGUGCCUCCUUUGCUGGGUUCUAUUACAUCUGCUUCCAGAAGUCGGCAGCCUCCAUAGAAGGCUACUAUUACCAUAGGAGUUCAGAAUGGUAUCAGUCCCUCAACCUAACGCAUGUUCCUGAACACAGCGCACCCAUCUACGAAUUCCGGUGACAGCGGUUCAGAGCAGGAACUAAAUAAAACUGAACUUGGCAAAAAAAAAAAAAAAAAAAAAGAACUUUGCCAAGAAAAUUGUGUACCUGCCAGAACCAGGAGAACGUGUGUUCCUGUUUCUUCACGAGCAGAUUCGCAUCAGAAGGCAUGAAUGUUAACCCACAGAAUCCAAGGAGCAUGGCCAACCAGCAGGCAGGCGGAGGGAGUGUUCUCUGUUCUUCCUCCCUCUCUGAGGCAGUUUGGUCUUAAUCUGUUUUUAAGCUACCUUAAAUGCACUUUUCCUUGCUGCACAGCUAACUUCUGUAUCACCGAAAGGCCCAUUCCUCCCUCCAUCCCCACCUCCAACCAAGUAGAAGGUCAGCGCCCCCCAGUCACCCUCAGCCUUGGUGCUCAGUGGUCUCUGCCCAGGCCCCAGCCCUGCGCGCUGCCCCCCUUCCCCACCCCCAGUUGCUUAGUCUAGUAGCUCAAGAGAAGGCAGAGCCCCAGCACACGUGUGCCCCCCCUGCCCCGAGCUCUGUGCAGGGAAUCGGGGCGCUGCGGCAGCAUCCGCCAAUGAAACGGGAGGCAGAGGCUGCUUCACGGGGUCACCUGGCGCUGCCCAGCCCUGCCGCGUUAGUCAGUGGCUGGCAGGUUUCCCCUGGGCCCACCAUCAGGGAUCGCUGAAUUUAAGGCUUCCGGAUCCCUGGCAGGAACAGAUUCCAAUCCUGCUUUACUCAGCACGUUUGCUCCAAACUUUUUGAACUUGAGGGCAAUACUAAACUUAAAAAAAAAAAAAAAAAAAAAAGGAGAAAAGAAAAAAAAGAAAAAAAAAGAGUUUUUUUAUUACAAAAUUAUUUUUAUGGUCCCUUUAACAAGGACCCUAUGGCAAAUGCACAAUUAUUCAGAAUUACAUUUUAUCGUUUUCACAUUGAAAACAGCAAAUGUUGACUUAGUAAUUUUUAUACCUAUAUCUAUAUGUAAAUGUAUAUUUAAUCAACCAGCAGUUUCAAACUAGUCAUCCUGGUACAAAAGUUUUGCAGCAUUGCAUCCAUUCUAGUGCUAAACCUGAGAGCUGUUUUGGGGGCCAGUUGGGCAUUUGUACCUCCUCCUCUUGCUACUCACGACAGCAGUGCUCCGAGAUGACCUUCUCCAUCGAAAGCAGACGGGGCCCGUCGUUCUCCUGAAACAGCGACUCUGAAAUGUUGGGACGGGGGGGGGGGGGGGGGAACGUGAACACGCUCGAAUAACUCAAGGCUCACGUGCCAAAGUGUGUGUGUGGGUGUGUGUGGGCGGGGUGUGGUUUGGGGGGGGGGUUGUUGUUUUUUAACGUUCUAAAAAGCCGAAUAGGUUGGUAUCAGUCGGGGCGUCGCAUCGGCCGGUGGUUUACGAGACUUGCUCAGAAUACAGGAGGGAGAGAGCUAUAACCCACAGGAGCAAAACAGGCUGAAAGCGGCCUUUCGAGGGUCGGUGUGAGAAAACACGUGGCCCUUCGGUCUAGGUGAGCGUUAGGGACAUGGUGUAUUCUUAAAAAGUGACUUUCCUUUUGACGACCUAUGUACUGUACAGGACUGAGACUGAAUGUCGGGGAAGCCUUAAAGGAGAGAUACGUGGGAAACUAGUCAGAGGGCGCCGGGACACCGAGGCGGUGCAGUCCUAAGGCUUUGGACGGAGGGGAGACCGACCCAUCUAGGGAGGCCAGGAACAUGGAGCACCCAGAACGUUGCCCCAGUGACUGCAGUGGAAAAAGGAUUCACAUCCAUUGGCGGAGCUGAGCCCGGUGUUUUAUUCUGAAACUUCAAGCCGUCGCAUGGCUGGCUCUGGUCACACCAGCCAAUGGCACGGUACCGAGGAGACCGCGCUCACACGGCCUCCGUGUGGCUGGUGGGCGUCACGUGAGUAGAGGAGACAGUGGGCGACCGUGCUGGCUUCCCUGGGCUACACGAGCCAUCCAUCCCCCCCACCCCCCGCCCCGUUCCCUUCUCACACCAAGCUCAUCAGUCUCGUCUGCGUUUUGCAAGCUCCUUGAAGCCUAGUGGCCCCACUCGGAACCCGAGGGGCGAGCUCACCCCCUGGAGCUCAUCAGGACCCCGUCCGUGUGGCUCUGGAGGUCAGUAGGUCAGUCGAGCGGGCAGGAAAGGACAUUUGCAAACAUUGCUGCUGUUGAGCUAGCCAGACGGGCCAGGUCCUGUUGUAGGAUUUCUUCCUUCCUUUUUUUUUUUUUUUUUCUUAGCGAGGUAAUGAAGUGUACCAGUUGUAUUGGGGAAAAUGAAGAAGUGAUACCUUUGCUAGAUCUUUUGGGCGCAUCUGCAAUGAAGAUUUGUUUGCAUAAACAUCUGCCCAGCUGAGGACAGGGAAGGCAUUAUUCUGCCCACCUCCUCUUAGUAAUUCCCAAUCAACAUCAACUCUUUUCUUUUCUCUGCGUCCCCCAUCCCCCAUCUGUGGUGAUCCUUUCCUGACCCUUCUCCGUGGUUUACGUGCCUCUGGUACUGUGUGCAAUAGUUUGGUUGAUGCUUGUAUUCACUGGUAAGAAGUCAGUGCAGGUUGCAGAUUUUCUACCGUCUUCCUGCACUCCAAACCAACCUGCCGUGAGGUGGGAUCUUAGGGAUCCGGCCCUUCUUUGCUCAGAAAGCUUCCAUUCUGCGCUUCCAGCCUGGUCUCUCUUCUGUGCUGGAACUCUCCCGCCCAUCCUUUCAAACUAUACAGCAUUUCAGCUGCAGUCCAAAAGUAAGCAAUGCCUAAUGUGAAGUAGAAAGUCCCCUCUGUGUGCUGGUUCUUUUGGCAGCGUGGAAAUCACAAACUCCGGGGGAGCAAAGGGGCUUUUCAAUGUCUUUUGCUUUCAGAAACAGGGAAUUUAUAUUCUAAGGCCUUGAAUGGAGGGGUGUUUUUUUUUUUUUCCUCAUAAAAUAGUCUGAUAAGCUAAUUUUAAAAAAAUGCCAUUAAGUAUGUUGCAUUGUGGUUUAAAAUUACUAACAAGUUCUGGGAAAGGAAAAAUAUUUGAUUUUGAAUCUUACAUGUUUUUAAAAAUUAGAUUUGAAUGGGCACAAAGUAUGACUAUUUUGUUCCUUUAGGGAGGACAUGUGGAAAGGGUUUGAGGGUUUGGGAUGGGAGAAGUAUUUUGCAGAGCUAUCAAUGUCCAAAUAAUUUUUAAAAAAAUAAUAAAGGUAUUUAAGCAGUGA